CCCGCAGCCUCUGGGGGCUUCGCCGCCGGCGGAGUGCCGCCAGCUGCGGGGCAGUCGUCUGGCGAACGGCGGUGUGCGCGUUGAAACACGCGCGGUUGUGUGUUUAGAGGUAGCAUUUCCAUCUGGGGAUCUCAGUGGUCUUAGAGGAGUUCGCCUCAGCGGACUGCGAGGAAGCUGCGGUCCAGAACCAGGGUCCAGCCUCUGUCAGGCGGGUGGUGAUUUGGAGCCUCGGAGGCACCCUCGGUCAGCGCGCUCUUGGGGAACAAGGAGGCGUGACCUGGCAUUCUCAGCCGCCGGAAACGUGAGAAUGAAGAGGAACAAUUUAUCUGCUGUGAACAAAAUUGUCCAUUCUUCACCAGCAGUGAAACAGCCAAAACUUGGAUUCUGCUCUUCUCUCGACCAGACUCAUAUGUACACUGUUCUUCUAGACUGGGGGAGUUUGCCUCACCAUGUAGUGUUACACAUUUUUCAGUACCUUCCUUUAAUAGAUCGGGCCCGGGCAUCUUCUGUAUGUAGGAGAUGGAAUGAAGUUUUUCAUAUUCCUGAUCUUUGGAGAAAGUUUGAAUUUGAACUGAACCAGUCAGCUACUUCAUAUUUUAAGUCCACUCAUCCUGAUCUCAUUCAGCAGAUUAUUAAAAAGCAUGCUGCCCACCUUCAGUAUGUCAGCUUUAAGGUUGAUAGUAGUACUGAAUCAGCAGAAGCUGCCUGUGAUAUACUUUCUCAGCUGGUAAAUUGUUCUAUCCAGACCUUAGGCUUGAUUUCAACAGCCAAGCCAAGUUUUAUGAAUAUGUCAAAGGCUCACUUUGUGUCAGCACUUACAGUUGUUUUUAUCAACUCAAAAUCAUUGUCAUCAAUCAAAAUUGAAGACACACCAGUGGAUGAUCCCUCACUGAAGAUUCUCGUGGCAAAUAAUAGUGAUACUCUAAGACUCCUAAAAAUGAGUAGCUGUCCUCAUGUUUCAUCUGAUGGAAUCCUUUGUAUAGCUGAUCAUUGUCAAGGCCUUAGAGAACUGGCAUUGAAUUAUUACAUGCUAAGUGAUGAACUUCUCCUGGCACUUUCAAGUGAGACUCACGUUAACCUUGAACAUCUUCGAAUUGAUGUUGUGAGUGAAAAUCCUGGACAAAUUGAAUUUCAUUCUAUUAAAAAACAAAGUUGGGAUGCGCUAAUUAAACACUCCCCUGGAGUUAAUGUUGUUAUGUACUUCUUUUUAUAUGAAGAGGAAUUUGAGACAUUCUUCCAAGAAAACUCCCCUGUUACUCACCUUUAUUUUGGCCGUUCAGUAAGCAAAGCAGUUCUUGGACGGAUAGGUCUUAACUGUCCAAGACUAAUCGAGUUAGUAGUGUGUGCCAAUGGUCUCCAAACUCUUGAUGAUGAACUUGUUUGUAUUGCUAAACACUGUAAAAACUUCACAGCCUUGGGCCUGAGUGAAUGCGAAGUUAGCUGCAGUGCCUUCAUUGAGUUUGUGAGACUGUGUGGGACAAGGCUAGCCCAGCUCUCCAUAAUGGAGGAGGUUUUGAUCCCUGAUGACAAUUAUAGCCUGGAUGAAAUUCACACUGAAGUUUCCAAAUACCUGGGAAGACUGUGGUUCCCUGAUGUCAUGCCUAUUUGGUAA